UUUAUUCAAUUGAACACCGUCUUUAGCUGAAGCGAAGAACCGCUAAAAUAUCUUUUCAUUAAGUAAACGAGUUGAAGGAAGGAGAGAAUGGAAGGCACAGAGCAGAACAAGUCGAGGGUGGUGGUGAUUGAUUCUUUGCAAUCAUGGCAAUUCUAUCUCUCCCAGGCCUGUAACCAGAAAUGCCCUAUUGUUGUUCACUUCACUGCUUCAUGGUGCAUGCCAUCGGUGGCUAUGGCUCCUUUUUUUGAAGAAUUGGCUUCAAGCUAUGCAGAUGUAGUGUUUCUCACUGUUGAUGUUGAUGAAGUCAAGGAGGUAGCCACACGGAUGGAUAUAAAGGCAAUGCCAACAUUUUUGAUGCUGAAGGAUGGUACUCCACCAGAGAAAAUCGUUGGUGCGAAUCCAGAAGAGAUAAAGAAAAGGGUAGAUGGAUUUGUUCAGUCUAUUCCAGUCUCCGUAGUGUAGUUGAGCAUAUAGGAUAUUUUAGUGUUGCAAGUUGUAUGAUACAUACUUGUGGUCCUACACUAAUAUGUUUACUGUCUAUUGUUUUUAUGUCAGCAGAAAUUUGUAUAUAUUUUAUAGUUUUCGAUUGUGGAUUUAUGGUACUCUUUCACUGGAAGUUGUAAAUUAAAGGGCUGCGUCUUGUGGUC